AUGGUCUCUCCGCCGCCGGCGCUCCUCGUCUUCUUCCUGAUACUCGCUGCGUCGGCGCCUGGAGGUCGCGCUUGGAGCAAGGAGGGGCACGUGCUUACGUGCCGCAUCGCUCAGGUAAGGGAAGUCGACUCAAAUUCGGAGCAGAGCAAGAGAGAGCAGGAGCUCACACCAGAGAAUUCAUGUCUAGGCAGGCGUUGCUUGAGCCGGAGGCAGCCGAUGCCGUCAGAAAUCUGCUGCCGGAUUACGCCAGCGGGGACCUGUCGGCCCUCUGCGUCUGGCCGGACCAGGUCCGCCACUGGUACAGGUACAGGUGGACGAGCUCUCUCCACUUCAUCGACACCCCCGACGAGGCCUGCAACUUCGACUACUCCAGUGAGUCCCCCCCAGGGCCACCUCUCUCUCUCUCUCUCUCUCUCUCUCUCUCUCUCUGAAUUCAAUCGUCUCCACAGGGGACUGCCGGGACGAGAAGGGAGAGCCGGACAGGUGUGUCGCCGGCGCCAUCUACAACUUCACCUCUCAGCUGCUGCACUACAACCACGGGACCGCCGACCGACGCUGUAAUUUAUCCUCAUCUCCGCCAUCUCCUCUGGGCUCCGCCUGAAUUUCUGACCCCCUCGGGCUUCUCCCUGCAGAUAAUCUCACAGAAGCCCUGCUCUUCUUAUCUCACUUCAUGGGCGACAUCCACCAGGUACACAGUGAGACUGCACGCAAUCUCUCUCUUUGUCUCUCUCUCUCGCUCGCUCUCUGCGCGUGGUUCUGACCGGCUGUCUUCUUCUCCGCAGCCCAUGCAUGUCGGGUUCACGGGUGACGAGGGAGGGAACACCAUUCAGCUGCGCUGGUUCAACCGCAAGUCCAACCUGCACCAUGUGGGUCUCUGCAGCUGAGCAUCAUCUUCCAUUGAUGAGUGUAGUAUAGAUCUUCUUUUAAUCCUGAAUCUUCUACGAUCUUCUUGCUGUGGGUUGAUGGUGGGCAGGUCUGGGACCGGGACAUAAUCCUCACUGCCCUGGCGGACCUGUACGGGAAAGACAUGGACGCUUUCCAAGCGGAUAUCCAGAAGAACUUCACCACUGUAAGCACCCACCCCCACCCUUGGUGAGGAGGCUAUGGAGCUCAACAAGGUCUGAUUUUGCAUUUUUCCGGGGCUCCCCUUGCAGGGCAUCUGGUCGGAGGACCUCUCCUCCUGGGGCGACUGCGACGACCUCUUCUCCUGCCCCAAAAAGUUAGCCACCCCCCACAUCUCUCUCUCUCGCUCGCUCUCUCCAGCUUUAGACGGUCUGUGAUGUACAGGUACGCGUCGGAGAGCAUAAGCUUGGCAUGCAAGUGGGGAUACGGAGGGGCCGUCGGAGGAGAAGCUCUGGGAGGUAAGUCAAUCAUCGUCGCCGCUGGGGGAGGGGAGGUGGGGGGGGAGGAGAUGUUUGGCUGGGUCAACGGGACUGACUGAGGAGGGGCUUGUUGAUCGGUAUGCAGAGGAUUACUUCAGGACGAGGAUGCCGGUGGUGGCGAGGCGGAUUGGGCAGGGCAGCGUGAGGCUGGCGAUGGUGCUUAACCGGGUGUUCGGAGAUAACAAGCAAGACAUCCCCCCGCCCGCCUGA